GCCGGAAACAAGCCGGGCAGUCCUGGGAGAAAAGGGACACAGCUGCUGUCACAGGCCGGGGAGGCUGGAGGCAUCCGGCACAGGGUCAGGAUCCACCCAAGUCGGGGAGGCGCUGGCUGACACUUCCCGUCGAUGCCCAGGUGCCCAGCAGGCAUUUGCCACCGGCUCUGUGCCCACGAUGUCCUGCAUGGAAGCCCAGCAACAGCCGCCACCCAUCUCCGCAGGAGCUACUGCCACCGCCACCGUGACUUCGGGGUCCACUGGAUGUCACCGUGGCUCCACAGAAGGCGACCUGGAGUGCCUGGUGUGUCGGGAGCCCUACAGCUGCGCCCGGUGCCCCAAGGUGCUGAGCUGCCAGCACACCUUCUGUGCCGUGUGCCUGAAGCUCCUGCUGUGCGUGCAGGACGACAGCUGGGUGGUCACCUGCCCUCUGUGUCGAAAGCCCACCACUGUCCCUGGAGGUCUCAUCUGCAGCCUGCGUGACCAGGAGACGGUGGUGGGGCGGUUGGCCCAGCCAUGCCUGGAAGUGCGGCUCUGUCCCCAGGGGCUGGCGGGUGCCACAACUUCAGAGGCAGGGCAUCACCCCAGCUUGGCAGGAGAGGACGAGCAAGACACGGCCAGUGCCAAUCGCGUGGCGGCCCGACGCCUGGCAGUGCACCUGCUCCUGCUGGUCCUGCUCAUCAUCCUCAUCCUGCCCUUCAUCUACCCAGGCGUCAUCCGGUGGGUGCUGGCCAUCAUUAUGGCCCUGGCCUUGCUGAUGUCCACCCUGUUCUGCUGUUACCCCCACAGCCAGGGCAGCCACUGGCCCUGCCCCAGGACUCUCCUCUGCAGAGAGCGGAAACAUAGCCAGAUUGCUUCCAUCGCCUGAGAGGCCCGGGCCCUGGCAGCCCUGGCAGCCCCUCUGCCUCUUGGGCCCCCUGACGUUCACUGCCAGCAGGGUAAGAGGCUAUGAACCCUGGGAGAUGACUGCCAGCCGGACUUGCAUGUCAAAGCUAGGAUGGCCGACUCGGGUCAAGAACUCUGUGCUGGGACAGUGGGCUCACCCCUGCCCUUGGUGUAGCGUGGCUAAACUGUUGGCGGGUGGGGAGGAGGCACCAACUGCUUGGAUGCCACAAAGCGGAGCUUCCCGUAGCUCUUAUUCCAUGGCGCCUGGUUUCCUGUGUCACUUGAUGAAAGUACUGCAGUGUUGACCUCAGUGCAGAACAAACAGAACCACGACUUUUUUUUUUUUUUUUUGCAGUUGAUGUGGCUGGUUUUAUUUUCUUGGUUUGUCUGGUGCUUUGUUUGGGGGGCAGUCUGCGCACAUUCCUGACUCUUCCACAAGACCCUUCUAUCUUCCUCCAAUGUCAUUGCGCCCAUCCCCACUCACGGAAGGCUCUGUUGUUGGGAUCUCCCACUGAGUCGGCCCCAGGGAGGGAUGCUGCAGGGAAGGAUGCUGCUUUUGAGGCUGCAGGGGUCCGUGUUUAGCAAGCAAGAUCUGGGGAGGCAGGAGAGGCAGGGGACUGGGCACUGCUCUCAGCAUCGACACAGGGACUCUCUGCUCUGACUCAUCAGCCCCCGACUUAAGGGAGAACCUUGGGACUACAGGAUUGUCCCUGUGCACCUGCACAGCGAGUGCAGCUGCCCUUCGGAUGCGCAGUCCCUCACUGCAGAACGCAGUCUUUAUGGACGGUGUUGUAUUUGUUAAUGCAUCUCGUGUCCCUGUUUGAGCUCUGUCAUAAAGAUAAGAGGCCUCAUAAACACAACGGUCCCCACCAAUAACCCAGCCUCGCCCUGAGAGUCACAGUGUCUUCUUUGUGACCACUUUUGCUGCUCCACAGAGAGAAGGCAUCUGCUGGAGGGAAGGACCUCCCGUGGGGGUCCAUCGGGACCCAGCUAGGGCUGGACUUGGGAGUGCAGGGGAACAGACAGCGGAGGCGACACAUUAUUUUCUUCCAAAGGCCACAUAAUUGGGAACAGACUUGGAAACUCAGAGGGGCUCUCCAGGCACCGUGCACCAUCUUUUCCUGUCUCUUUCCUCCUGGAAGGAUGAGA